AUGGCCGCAAACUACGGCAGGACGUCUACACUCUAUUCCGGCUGUGGUUGUUGGAUCACCUGCCGCACCGACUGCCGCUCAGUCAACAGCCUGGCUGUCGUGAGGGCCACCUGUCAGGGCAAUGAGCAGUGCACAGUGUUAGCAAAGAAUGACGUUUUCGGUGACCCCUGUCCCGGGUUACAGAAGUACUUGGAGGUGUCAUAUCGCUGCAUCACAGAAACAAACGUUGCCCUUUUCAAGACAGCAAGCUCUAGUUCUACCGGAGCACGGUGGGGACCCGAGAAGGCUGUAGACGGUUUGCGUGGCACGUCGGUAAUCCGGGACCAGUGCACUCACACCAAUAACAAGUACCAACCGUGGUGGAAGGUGGACCUGGCAGAUACCUACACUGUCAACCGGGUCAGUGUCCUGAACAGGGGAGACUGCUGCGGAGGGCGACUGAAAGGCUUUAUGGUGCGGAUUGGCCUUAACAAAGACUUCACCCGGAAUGACCAGUGUGGAGAGACUUACACGGCAAAACCGUCCAAUGGAGCGACAGUCGUGGUGUACUGCGACAAGCCGAUGGCCGGCCGGUACGUCUCCAUUCAGCUGAUCGGACGGUCGGGCAACCUGCAACUCUGCGAGGUGGAUGUCUUCGCAGAAACAGGUAAGAG